AAUAAACAGCUGAUGUGUGUGUGCUUGCUUUGUAAAUAAAUUAAAUGUUUUCCAAAAAUAUUCACAUUGUCAAAUACAAUAAUCAUGAAAGUAUUUACUAUCAAUGAUAUCCCGGAGUUUUCUAAAAAGGAGCGAAUAGUUGUAGUAGGUGUUAUUGGGAAGUCGCCGUACCGGUAUCCCAACAAAACAACCCCACUUUUGCCGAACGUAUCUACGGAUGAGAAUGGCAUCGAAUGCCACUGGGACGAGCGCCGUGGCGUGCUCAUUCUCCACGCAGUCACGUAUCUAGACACAAAGCGGCUGGCGGAGCUGGCUGCGACCCUCGAUGAGAACUCCAAGAGCACUGACAAGGACGCCGACGCCGCCCACUGGCUGGUGGCCUCAGGGGAGCUGGCAGCCGAGUCCUGCCGCGCCAUCGCGCUACUGUUCCACUUGUGCCAUAUAGUGGUGCUCUCGUCGCCUACCCAUGUCUUUGAUCUGGGAUAUAUCCAACUGUUUAAGGCUAUUGAUGCUUUUAGGACAGAGUUGGCCCCAAAAACAACUGCAGCAUUUGCAGACCUUGGUCUGGGUGGGGCCUGGGAGACCCACGGCCGGACAUGUUGUCCCCGGCUGCUGUUCCACUUCAGGAGAGCCCCCACCCCCCUCAGGAGGGUGCCAGCAGGAUUAAAGAGGCUUGAGCAUGCUGUGGAGGAUCAGCUUUAUUUCAUUUUGAGGAAGGCUCGCAUUAUUACUAAUGUUUGUGCCAAAUCGCUGUUCGCCAUCCCCAAAAACGAAGAGUUUGUUUACAUAAACGCUGACGACCCGGGCUGCGCGCGUGACGUCAGCUCGCUCGUGCGCGGGCUCGUCGAGCUGUGCGCGGGCGCGGAGCCCGAGCCGCCGGCGGAGCGGCCCAGUUUCAGGCAGUUCCUGCAAGGGCAUAUUGAUUUGGCCUUUAGUGAGGGCUUCGAUGACAAUGUGGGGAAGUACGCGAUGAGCACUUCUUUCUUUGAGCUGCCAAGCGCGUCUGCCUGGCGGUCCGCGGCGCAGGCGCUGACUCCCCUAUACCUGGAGGAAGACGGCGACCAAGACGCAGGCAGCGCGCUCUUUGAUGCGCUCGCCACUGAUGUCAGGUUCUCGCAGGCGAGGUGUGCCAAGGUACUACCGAUAGCGCAAGCAUCGUACGCCGAAGGUCUUCCAUCACAUUAUUCUACACAGCAUCAUGCUCAUAAGGUGAGCGUGGCGCUAGGCGUGCUGGAGUCCAUGGCGCGCGGCCCGCUGGCCGGCGGCGCGCGCGCUCGCUUGCAAGCCGCCUGCGCCGCCGCGCACCGCGCUCGCUCGCUGUGCGAGGCUCCCUCGCUCACUGCGCACCCCUGCAUCCUGCCCGACCACGACAACUCCAAAGAGCAUUCAUCUGGCGUGCGCUACAUCAGCGCAUGCAACUGCGGCCGCACCAAGUGUUCUCGCGAGGACCCGUACUCCGUGAAACGGGCUAACUACACGUUCUACCAGCAAGCUGCUGAAGAGUGCGGCGUGUGUCCCACCCUGCAAGCCAUCGACUUCCCCGUUUUUCAGCCUUCUACUCCUACUUAUAGAGCGGCGUCAGUAAAAGGCGCAUCGUCUCAGGAAGCGGGCGAGCCGGCCGCGCGUUCCCAAGGGGACGGGGACGGAGACGGCGACGGGGACGGGGACGGCGCGUGGUCCGUGGCCGACGCGCUGUCGCCGGGCUCGGCGCGGGACGAUGACGACGCCUCGCCGGCUUCCGACAAAUACGUGGUGCCGGUUAGAGGAGACUCCACUUCAGAUAAAGUGAUGACCCGGCAGCCGUCCACAACCGAGUACCUUCCCGGCAUGCUCCACACAGGCAGCCCGGCCGGCCUGCUGCCCGCCUUCCCGUCCUUCAGCCUCGUGUGCCUCGGGCCUUCCUCGCUGUACUCGCACAGCGCCGGCCUGCCCGAGGCGCUGCAGCCCGGCCUGCUGCCGCACACCAACCACCUGCUGCCCUGGGACGCGCUCGCGCGGAUAGAGGGCGGUUUGGGCCUGGGCCCGCGCGGGGCGGGCGGCGCGCGCGGGCGGGGCCGGACGGCGCCGCACCACCUCACCGUCAAGAUCUUCAUCGGCUUCGAGUACGAGUGCCCGAGGGGACAUAGGUUCAUGAUGUCGUCCCCCGACACCGUCGUAAGCGGCGGCGGCACGGCGGCGACACGUGAAGCGGGCGCGGCGGGCGCGCGGCUGGCGGCCGCAGACAUGCCGCUGGCCGCCGCGUGCCCGUGCCGCGCGCCGCACGUGGCGCCCGCCCAGCUGGCGCGCGUGCACCUGGCGCGCGUGCACGUCGUCACGCCCAAGGCGCCCGUGCACGUCACGCUCCACCCUAAGAUACAGCCAGUGCCGGGCGGGCCGAUCUUCAUCCCGCAGCCGGUGGGCGCUCCCGCCAUCAAGCUGUCGGCGUCGGCGUACUGGGUGCUGCGCCUGCCGCGCGCCUUCUGCGACGAGCGCGGGCUGCUGCCGAGGGACCGCGCCGGCUAUAUCAGGGCUCCGCUGUUUGGGCUGCAGGACUAAGGACUACAAGACUACGAGAAUCCUUUAUCCGGACACAGAAUGGGGCGUAGGGUACGUCAGGGCUCCAAUAUUCAGGUUG